CGCUGCCUCACAUGUUUCUCCCGGUCACCAUCACGGUCUACAGCCCUUUCCCGCUAUUUUAUCAUGUGCCUGUGGGAGCCCGUGUAGCAUGAAUGCCCGGUGUUUGCGCUGGGAUUGCGCUGGGAUUGAGGGUUAAUACUUGCCGGUCAUGCCAGAGGAGCGUCUGUCCAGGCCUGCAGGCCGGCCGUCAAAUUGUUAAGCACGUCGAGCAGAUACGCUCUGUUAGCAUCUCAACACAUGUGAAGUGCAGAUCACAGACGCUUCAUGCAACCCAGUGCGCAGCUGGCUACACGAGGUUCAUGGUGAGUCACAAGUUCGAUAACCUCGAACCUUGACUGUGCCGCAGCUCACUCCAGUCGU